AUGGAUACAGGCUCUGACACAGAAAAGAAGCCUUCUGAAUCAGCUGAGGAUGCAGAGCCAGAAGAAGAAGAGGAGCAGCCUUUGGAAGAAGACCAAGAACCAAGCGAACUCCCUGCAACUCGUGGCAACAAAAUCUUAGCAUCCACGGGGCUCAAAGAUUUUAUUGUGUUUUUAACCGUGUUGCUGGUGGGCUGUGUUGCUGUGAUGCCUGUUAUAAAUUAUUUUGAAAAGGCGUCAUUAGAUGAACUACUUAAUGCCGUGUCAUUGAUUCAGACCAGUAUGGGACACUUCAACGAGACCUACAAAAACAUGUCAGAGCGAGAAGUACUGAUUGGCGCAUUCCAACUAGCGGAUGAUCUGGCCCAAAGGAAACAAGACAAUGUAGACCUUACCAGGGCAAUCAAUAAAGUCAUAACACUUGUGAGCGAAGGCUGGAAGCCCUUUGGUGGGCACCUCUAUUACUUCUCUACUAAGGGAACCCACCACAGCAAGGCCACGGGGGAGUGUCGUAAUCGAAAUGCCCAACUGGUUAUUAUUACUAGUUCCCAGGAGGAGGAUUUUAUAGAGGACAUUGCCAGAUUUAAAGAGACAGGUUUCUGGAUUGGACUUCUCGAGCUUAAUGACCAAUGGCAAUGGAUAAAUGGUGUGAAACUGGCAGGGGAUAAAUCCUACUGGGCUAAUGGGAAUCCAACCAAAACAACUCCCAAAGAAUUUCAAUGUGCAGAAGUACGAGGAUGUAACAGCAAACUAAAAUGCUGGUAUUCUAUCCCUUGCUAUAGAGGAAAGUACUAUAUCUGUAAGAUGGAACCUGAGCUAAAAAUCUUUUAAGGUGCCUGAAACUGAU